UUUGUCACAGCAAGAAAAAAAGAUCAAUUUAGGAUUCAGGGUUGAUCUAAAAUGAGAGUGUGGACUCUCUCUGCUUCUUCCACUGUGAGGAGAAUCGCAAAGGAUCCUGUUGGUAGCAUUUUCUUUCAGCUUGUGCGUUUGGAUUUCCGCGGAUGUGAUGACAACUGGUCGAAUUUGCUUAUGCACGUCCUCCGACAUUCCCCUGUACUUCAAACUCUCAACUUUGUUGUACUGGACUAUGGCCUGAGCAACUGGAAUCUUGAGCGAGGUGUCAAGGUUCGUUGGAUUCAGCCGAGCUGUGUUCCCGAAUGUUUGUUGUUCCAUCUCAAAACCUUUGAGUGGAAAGAGUACAAUGGAACAGAAGAUGAGAAACAAGUGGCAGUUUAUAUACUGAAGAACGCGAGGUGAUUAGUGACCGCAACUGUCUUCCCUGAUUCACUCAUGCUGAACAAAUGUCGGGUGUUUAAAGAAUUAGAAAUUGCAACGAGGGGUUCAAGGGCAUGUGAGCUCACAAUGGGUUAAAAAAAGAAAGUUAGUUUUAGCUAACUUAUUUAGCUAACUAUGGCCCUGUUCGUUUACGUCUCGCGCGGCUUGCGACCUGCGACUAAGAUUACGUUCGUUUACGUGUCGCGCGACUUGCGACUUGCGACCUGCGAUUAAACCUGUGAUGUGCGACUAAAACUAUGUUCGUUUACGUGUCGCAGAUAAUGUUCGUUUACGUAUCGCGCGACCUGCGAUCUGCGACAUGUGAUCAGUCGCGCGAUCAAAAUUUUCUUAAUUUUUAGUCGCUGUUUUUUCGGACGACUUGAAUGGGAAUCCGCGACUGAUCGUGCGAUCAGUCGCGCGACAUCAAAACGAACAACAACCUGCGAUUUGCGACAUGCGACCAAUCGUAUGGCGUAUGUUACGCGACAGCAAAACGAACAACAACCUGCGAUCAGUCGCAGGUCGUAUGUCACAUGUCGCGCGAUAGGUAAACGAACAUGGCCUAUGUUUGUCACUGACCAAUUGAAGAUUGAACAUUUACAAACAGAGCAAUGAAGUGUUGAUUUUAGUUAUUUAUGUACCCCAAUCGAUUCUUAAUUUGUGUUCUUUCUAAUAAAAACAAAAUCAAUAUAUAUUCAAAAUCCAAACCAACUAUCCAAAUAAACUGUUUAUAUCAAAAAAAA